AUGCGCUCCGGAGCUGGAGGUGGGCGCUGGGACAUUGGCAACUCCAUGUGGAGACCCAGGACUGGCGGAUCUGGGUGUUCUGGUUACCAUAGUGCCGGAGUGGCCCUGGAAGUCCCAGAGGUGGAUGAGAUCUUCAAGGAGAAUAGUAUCCCUAGAGUACAGGAGCCAUCUCCCCUAGUCAUGAGCACCAUGGAUGAAAAGGCUGUGCUUUCUGACAAGAAGACAUGGGCUUCCCAGGACCUGCAUGGCUACCCUAUGCCUGCCAGCAUCUGCAUCCUGGGUGUGAUGAGGCCACCGGAUAUGCCGUUUGUGGUGACCCCUUCCCUCCAAGCCUGAGACUGGGUGCCCCUGCAUAGCAGAGCAGGGGCUCAGGCCCAGCAGGACCUCUGCCCAACUCCAGACCUCCUGUGCCAUACGUCAUAGUGCCUCUGUUGUGAUGCCUGUGUGGUGGGGGCUGUCAACCCUGAGCUGUACCAGCUUGCAGAGGACAACAGUGAAAUCUACUUCCCUGAUGGCUGCCUGGGCCAGCUCUGGUUCUCCGUGGAGUACCAGCCAGAGGCCGAGAAGCUGCUGGUGGGCCUGAUCAAGGCACAGCAGCUGUGAGCUCCCUCAGAGAUCUGCAGGCCCCUUGUGAGGCUCCACCUGCUGCCCGAUGAAUGGUACUUCCCCCAGUCCAGGAUCCCAAAGCUUGAUGAGCACUUCAUCUUCCAGGUGUCAGGCAAGAGCAUCACCCAGAGGGUGCUGUGGUUCUCAGUGUACCACGUGGACAGGCAGAGGAGGCACCAGCUGCUGGACCAGGUGCUGUUCCCCUUGAGGAGUGAGACCCUGGCAGGUAACAUUCACCACAUCAUUUGGAGAGACCUGGAGCCCAAGAGCCUGGAGCCUCUCUCAGAGUCUGGUGACCUGCAGUUCUGCCUGAGCUACAACAAUUGCCUAAGCUGCCUUACAGUCGUGGUGCUGCGUGCCAGGGGUCUGUAGCUCCAAGAAGACAGAAGCAUUGCCAGUGAGUCCUCUCCCUCCUCCUGGGGAAGGUCUUGCCUCAUCCAGCUCCACAUGGUGAUGUGCUGCAGCCUUCCGGGUCACCUUGGUGAACAGCAUUUAGCUCGUGGGGCUCCCACUCUGAGGAAGAAAUGAUGAACGUGGGCACAGUGUUCCCAGACUGAAAAUUUGUAACAUCAGCAACACCAGUGUGAUUGUUGGAUUGUGGCCCAUAUAACAUCCAUGAAGACAACAUCUCCUGCAGCCCUCAGAUGACAGUCAUUGUGUGCCCUGUCACUGUCACAGGCUCUGUCCUCUCUCCCCCUAGACAGUGGUACUUUUGGCCCAUGCAUCAUUGCUGCAUCACUAGAACAGAACCAGAACUAGAACCAGCAUCCCUUUUUUCUUAUGCAGUCCAGCAACUCCAUACAAGAAGUAGUGACCAUUAUGUGGGGUUGUGUCUCUUUAUUUCACUUUUGAUCUCUGU